GGGAAAAAAGAAACUAAGAAUUAUUGUAAGCAGUGAGCUAAAGAGGGAAGGUUGCAGUACAGUUAAGCACAUGGCACAAGACAGCCAGGAACACAGAAGUACAAGGGAACUGGAAGAACAGAUUCAUUUACAAGAGACAAAGAAGAAAGUAACACAGAGAGAAAAUGUGACAAGAGGAGCAGAGGGAUCUGCCAAGAUGUGUAAAUCCCAGGGACAGUGUUGUGUUUUGACUUUCACUAUCUUGUUGGUCCUGGCUGCACUGAUCUCAGUCACUGUGGUAAUACUCAGGCAGCAGAAGGUGGACUGCAGAGAAGGAUUUGUGCAUGGAGCUGUGGCUGCAGACUCCUUGGUGUGCUCUGAAAUUGGCAGGAACAUCUUAAAAGAAGGAGGGUCUCCAGUGGAUGCUGCUAUUGCUGCACUGCUAUGUACGUCAGUGAUAAACCCACAAAGUAUGGGACUUGGUGGAGGUGUGAUUUUCACCAUAUAUAAUGCUUCUACAGGACUGGUGGAGGUUAUCAAUGCCCGAGAGACAGUGCCCCAGAGUUCUACGCUAGACCUUACACAAUGUAAUGGAAUAAAAUCCUUCUUCAAAACAGGUGCUCAGUGGAUUGGGGUCCCUGGGGAGCUUCGUGGGUAUGAAGCUGCUCACCGGAGACAUGGCCGCUUACCAUGGAAAUCUCUAUUUCAACCAACAAUUAAUCUGGUGGCAGAAGGGGUGAAACUCUCAUCGGUCACAAGCAAGUUUCUUAAAUACCCACAAAUUAAAAAUAAUAUUCUAAAGCACUCAGUUUGCACACUGCUUUGCAAGGACCAGGAUCUGGUGAAGGAGAAUCAGCUUCUCAACUUCACUCAGCUGGCUCACACUCUGCGUGUAGUGUCAGAGAAAGGAGCAGAUGCCUUCUAUCAGGGACCUAUAGCAGAACUAAUGCUGGAGGAUCUACAGAGUCAAGGAAGUAAUUUGACACGGGAUGAUUUCACAAAUUAUAAAGUGCACAUAGGAAGAGCUCUGAAUAUGUCAUUGGCAAAUUACACUUUGUAUUCUGCACACCCACCAUCAGGGGGAGCUUUGCUCAGUUUUAUUCUCAAGGUUCUAGAAGGGUAUAAUUUUUCUGAGAGCUCUAUUCAAGAUAAAGAGGCACAAAUACAGACCUACCAUCGUAUUGCAGAAACCAUGAAAUUUACUAAUGGCCAGAAGAUUAAAAUGGCAGAUUCUGGGACAAAACAGAUGGAAGAGCUCACCACCAAAUUAUUGUCGGAGAGAUUUGCUCAACAGAUCCGGGAUCAGAUUGAUGAUUAUGGAAAUCAUUCGCUAAAUUAUUAUUCUGUGAAUGCACCGCGUUCAGAGUCCUUCGGCACUUCUCACAUCUCUGUCAUAAGUCAGGAUGGGAGUUCGGUAUCCGUCACCAGUUCCAUCAAUCAAAUAUUUGGUUCCAUGGUUUAUUCCCCACAAACAGGAAUCAUAUUUAAUAACCAGCUGGCAGACUUUUGCUCUGGAGCAAAAGUCAUCAGUACAGGAGAUCGCCCUCCAUCGUCUAUGGCUCCCAGCAUCCUCUUGUCCAAUGACAAGAAAUCUCAGUUGGUUAUAGGUGCGUCUGGAGGAAGUUACAUCACAAGCGCCACAGCUCUGGCUAUUGUGAACACACUUUGGUUUGGAGCCAACCUGGAGAAAGCCAUCUCUGAUCCCAUCCUCCAUGUCAAGGAAGAUAAUAAACUUGUCUUUGAACACACAUUCAGUAAGGAUGUGCAGGAAGGGCUGCAGAACAGAGGACACCAGACUGAUUCUCCAAUGUUCUUCAAUGUGGUACAAGGAGUGCAGAAAAAGGACACCUGUCUGUUUGCAUAUUCUGACAAAAGAAAGAAGGGGAAAGCUGCAGGGUAUUAGGCUGUACAGAGAGACAAAGCACACCAAAAGAAAUAUACCAGACUUUUCCCAAAUAACUGCAGGUAACAUCAUGAGCAAGGAAUGGGAUACAAACUAACGGAUGUGAGAAGAGGAGCCUAUCCAUGAAGUUCACAGAACAAAAAUGUUUUGACACAUCCAUGAAUUCACAUGACUGAUUUGCUAUGCUCAUAUUUCGUUCUUGUCUUCCCAUCCUUAUUCAUUGUAUGUAUUCUUUUUCUCUCAGUUUUGUUGUCUGGUUAUCUGCUUUCAGUGUUGUCUGUCCCAUUGGGUUCUGGUUUCCUUUACCUUCUUGAACUCUAACUCUUAUGGUUUACUUUUGAAUGUAGGACUAGGCUUUCUAGGGCCAAACAGUGAACUUGACAUCCAGGUCAACAAUAAGAUGGAAACAGUAUUAAAAAGGCUUAAUGUGGCAAUAGGAAAGGGCUAAUGGUAGUUUACAUGGACUGGGGCCCACAGGGAGAUCCUCUGGUAAAUUUGUAAUAACUCUUCGUCUGGCCCCAGCCCGCUCCUGAUCCCUUUCUGAUCCACCCCUGUCUGCCUCCAAAUCCACCCUGUCUGCUUCCAAUCCCCUCUUUCAGGUCGACCCUCUAUCUGAGCGACUCCAUUUACUUGACGUGUCCAUAGCGUUACAACUCUGCCCACAUUUGCAGCAUGACUCCACCCCUGAUGUCAUUGGUCCGCCCCUUCACAGACAUGUCUCUGCCCUGUUCAGUAUCAAAUAAAACAAAAGGUGGCACCCCUAAUCACAAUUGAUGUAGUGGGCCUUGCACUUUAACACAAAUUGGCUCGCAAUAGCUCUGAAAAGAUGGUAGAUGUCAUUCCCAGUAUUUAAUGUGAGAGUGAUAUAUGUUCCAGAUUAAUUCUAGACGCAACUUUUCAGGGGUCACGCCCCUUUGUCCAGAUUAAUUCUAGAUCACUGUGAGUACCCUGAAGCUACUUCUUGGUUUGAAAGUGGUAAAAGAACCAGGGCUCCUCUAGGUCAAUAGGGACAACAUUGCUGUUUCACAACAGGAGGCAGGAAGGAGGUAGUGCAACUGUACAGAAGUGCAAUCUGCACAGGUUGAUACAAGCCAUUUAAAUGAAUGGGAUUGUUCAUGCAAAUGAUUGUGAGGAAAUGCAUGGGCCCUUAAUUACAGUUUAGUAAGUAAAAGGUCCCUAUUGGCAGCAUUAUCAGGUGCUGAUAUGCAUUUUAAUAAUAUGGUUUUUCUUGUUCCAGUGGAAUAUGCAGUGUACCUUUGUGGAAGUAAGGCCGUCAGGAAUUCAGCAGUGGCAUAAUUAUAGAACAGCCAAUUAAAAAUGUGUCAAAGAAUUGUUUCAGAGCUGGAUACAUUGGCAGGAGGGGUACAUCUAAUGCAAGGUUGAUAAAGGGUAAGAUGGAGUAUAGGUAGGCAAUACAUUAUGGCACUAGAAUAAAAUAAAUGAUGACUUGCAGUCUGUAUAAUAAUGGAAAGUACCCAGGGAUGGUGUAUUUCUUGUACAAAGUAAAACAAGUUGAUGGUCCCAGCGUAUAAGUUCAGAAAGUGUAUCGCUAUGAAUUCCUAGGAGCCUGUGUCACACUGCCAAAAGUAUAAGAUACUGGAAUAAAGUUGGAAUAAACAGCUUCAAAGCAGUAUUUUCAAACUGCAUGUGUUUCUUUUAUUAGCAGUGCAAAACACUACAUGUUUCAGGUACAACCCUUUUUCAAUUGUAAAAAGGGUUGUACCUGAAACAUGUAGUUGCAGAUUGAUCAAGGGUCGAAUUUCGAGGGUUAAAAAACCCUCGAAUUCGACCCUCGAAGUAAAAUCCUUCAAAUUCGAAUAUCGAAUUCGAAG